CCAGCAUUGGGCUCCCCGCUGGAGACCACCUCGGCACAGCCUACCUCGUCACAGCCUGCAGCGACGCCAAUAACAGCUCGGCCUACGUCGGUGACAGUGCUGCCAUCAUCCUGCACCACCCGGCCGACGCAAACCUACUACUCCUCAAGCGGAUGUGACAUCAACUGUCCCAACCAGAUCAACUGCUACGCAGACUUUGCCGUCACGGUACCGUGCGGCUGUAAGUCCGUGGCUGUCCGUCCACUUACCACGACAAUUUGCGCGACGAGAUCGCCGUGCUUCCAAUGCCACACAGGCUGGGGAAUAGCGACGCUGUUCGAAUCAUGUUCUGCAACCGCAACCGCAACU